GUCUUGCAGGACAAUGACAUUCUCUGUCUCAUGGGGCGUCCUCCUGCUGGCAGGCCUGUGCUGCCUAGUCCCUGGCACCCUGGCUGAGGAUCCCCAGGAAGAUGAUGUCCCAGAGAUGCAUGCCUCCCACCAUGAUCAAGGGGCCUGGGAGGACCCUGCUUGCCAGAAGAUCUCCCAUAACAUCACCGACUUCACCUUCGAUUUGUACAAAGAGCUGGCUGAUCUAUCAAAAACCAGCAAUAUCCUAGUUGCCCCAGCGAGCGUGGCUAUGGACUUUGCAAUGCUCUCCCUGGGGACCAAGGCUGACACUCGCACAGAGAUCCUGGAAGGCCUGAAUUUCAACGUCACAGAGAUGCCUGAGCCCAAGAUCCAUGAAUGCUUCCAGCAAUUUCUCCAAGCCUUCAGCAGGCCGAACAGCCAGCUCCAGCUGACCGCCGGCAGUAGCCUGUUCAUCAACAAGAGUGUGAAGCUAGCAGACACGUUUUUGGAGGAUAUCAAGAGGCUAUACCACUCAGAACCCUUCUCCAUCAACUUCAGGGACACCGAGGAGGCCAAGGAGCAGAUGAAUAAUUAUGUGGAGAAGAGAAUUGCAAGAAAAAUAGUGGAUUUGCUCAAACAUCUGAAAAAAGAGACCAGUCUUGCCCUGGUGGAUUACCUUUCGUUUCACGGCAAAUGGAAAGAUAAAUUCGUGGCUGAGCGCAUUAUGGUAGAAGGCUUCCAUGUGGAUGAUAAGACCAUCAUCAGAGUGCCUAUGAUAAACCGCCUGGGGAGAUUUGACGUCCACCGGGACAAGGAGUUAUCCAGCUGGGUGUUGGCACAGCACUACGUGGGUAACGCCACUGCCUUCUUCAUCCUGCCCGACCCAAAGAAGAUGCAGCACUUGGAAGAUAAACUCACCUACAGCCACUUUGAACAUAUCCAGAGAGCCACUGACUUAAGGACCAUCAGUGUACAUUUUCCCAGACUGUUCAUUUCUGAAAACUACGAACUUAAGCCAGUCCUCAGGAAUCUGGGCAUCACCAAGAUCUUCAGCAAUGAAGCUGACCUCUCUGGAGUCAGUCAGGAGGCACCCCUGAAGCUCUCCAAGGCCGUGCAUGUGGCUGAGCUGAGGGUUGAUGAGAAAGAGACCGAAGCCACCGGAGCCCCCUAUCUGGAAGAGAAGGCCUGGUCUAAGUAUCAGACAGUCAUGUUCAACCGGCCCUUCCUGGUCAUCAUCAAGGAAGACAACACCAACUUUCCGCUCUUCAUGGGAAAAGUGGUGAAUCCCACCCAAAAAUAACUGCCUUUCCCUCCUCAGCCCCUCCCAUCCAUCCCUGGCCCCCUCCCUGGAUGACAUUAAAGAAAGCUGAGCUGACCCCUGCCUGCGU